AUGAAAGCUCAAAGUUUCAAUAUUACCCUUCGGAAGAUGUUAGAAAAUUUUCUGCUGUCUAUUCAUAGGCACAAUAGAAUGAAAAAAUUAUUCGUCAUCUCCCAUCCUCAGCACUCGAGAAAGAAGUCGAGAAGAGUAACAACACAUAAAGGCAUGCUUCAUAAUUUAUUGCUUUUCUUCUAUAUCUUGUUUGUUGAUGUUUUUCGUGAGCUUCAUUCUCAACAAAAAAUAUCUAUGUAA